AUGUUUUUUUUGUUUCCUUUUUUGUAUUAAUAAUAAUUCUGUGAAUUGCUUUAUCCUGUGUUUCAUCUCUUCGCAAUGGCGACUUUAGCUCAACUUCUUAUUGAACUAAAAAAUACACAAACAACGUUGGAUGAAUUUGGUGCAAUAAAAAUCAAAGAAUUGAAAGAACAAAUUUUUGAAUGUGAUGCUAAUCUGAAAGGUUUUGAGCUUGUUAGAGAAUCUUUGAAAGAAUCUUUGGAUGAAGAGAAAAAUAGACUAAAAGAGCUUAAAAAAGAGCGAAUGGAUCUCUUAAAUGCCAUGAUCAAAGAUGCGAAUCGAGAACCAAAGACCAAACCUGAGCCACCGAAAUCCGUUGAAGUGAAGUUACCAGAGAAACAAAUGUUGGAAAAUAGAUCGAAAAAAAGUCAACCGCCGAGUAAAGUGAUCAAAGAUGUGAAUCAAGAACCACCAAAGAUCAGACCUGAACCACCAAAGAUCAAACCUGAGCCUCCUAAGGCCAAACCUGAACCACCAAAGACCAAAUCUGAAGCACCAAAAAUCAGACCUGAACCACCAAAGAUCAAACCUGAACCACCAAAGACCAAACCUGAACCACCAAAGAUCAGACCUGAACCACCAAAGAUCAAACCUGAGCCUCCUAAGGCCAAACCUGAACCACCAAAGACCAAACCUGAACCACCAAAGAUCAGACCUGAACCACCAAAGAUCAAACCUGAGUCUCCUAAGGCCAAACCUGAACCACCGAAAUCCGUUGAAGUGAAGUUACCAGAGAAACAAGUGUUGGAAAAUGGAUCGAAAAAAAGUCAACCGCCGAGUAAAGUGAUCAAAGAUGUGAAUCAAGAACCUCCAAAGACCAAAUCUGAACCACCAAAGACCACUGAAGUAAAGUUACCAGAGAAAGAAGUUAUUGAUCUUGUAUUGAUCUCAGAUUCAUCGGACAGCCCAAACCACAUAGACUUCAAGAAAACUAAAGAAUUAACAUGUAAAGUGUUGGAAAAUGGAUUGAAAAAUAAUCAACCGCCGAGCAAUAUGAUCCAACCUCCGAAAAAGAAGAUGAACCCUGGACCAGUUAAUACUAAAGAAUCUACUUGUCAAUCGCCAGCAAAAAGGCCGUUCAUGGUCCAACCUCCGACAAAGAUGAACCUUGGACCAGUUAAUGCUAAAGAAUCUACUUGUAGGUCGCCAGCAAGAAGGCCGUUCAUGGUCCAACCUCCGACAAAGAUGAACCCUGGACCAGUUAAUGCUAAAGAAUCUGCUUGUAGGUCGCCAGCAAAAAGGCCGUUCAUGGUCCAACCAAAGCCCAAUUUAUCAAGGAAACAAAAGCAACUUCAAGCUCAAGCAAAGGGAGGAAAACAGCCUCGUGAUGAUAAAAUGAUUCAGUGGGGUAAUUACCCGUGGGGAGAGCCAAGAUACUAUAAAUUCAGUUGCGAAGGAAAACCAUUGAACAGAAAGGAUAUGGUUAAAUGGAGAACUCAAGUAUCUAAAGAAAAAAGGAAAUUCGAACCUGGACCAUUUCAAUGUCUAUGCGCGCAGUGUGGUCCUAAAAGGUCAGACAGUCGCUUUACUGGAUCUAACAAUGCCAUCAACAAGCACCAUGCCGAAGUUUAUAAGCCAAAAUUUUCUUGUGUCAGAUGUGGAUAUUAUGCAGCCACUUUCUAUCUAAAUGUCAUUAAAGGUCAUCUCAGAAAGCAUGAAAUGGAUAAAGAGUAUAUAUGAUCUGCGGAGAUUUGAGUUACUCAACUACUCGGAUGCACUUAAAUCGUCGAUUAUCAAUUAAAAGACCGUUCUCUCAAUCUCAAGGUCUCAACUAAUUCUCCCAGGAAGUAAAUCAAGAUUUCCACUUAAUCUCUUCUUGUAUUCUCAAUCGUUCUCUUUCAACAAUUGUCUUCAUUAAUUUGUAAUUAACUGCGAAUGCACUUGCUCAUAGCAUAACUUAUUCAAGGCUUUCGACAGUUUUGCCCUGAAGACAAUUCGAUUCGAGCCUUUCCUUUUUUAAUUCGAGCUUAUUGAUCAUCACAAACCCGUUUUCUCCAGAGAAAAACUUGUUCUCUUCAUUCUAAUCCAAUUUCUACGUCUCCAGUCUCUGUCAUUUCCGAAUAAUUCUAAAAUUCUCUUUCAUUCGAUUAUCGUGGCGAUAAUCUCAUCUUCAGAUUCGUUUAACUCUCUGUAAGUACUAAUAACAAAUUAGUUCAGUUCGAUAAUAUUGAUUGUCAGAGAAACUGAAACUUUUUUCCCCACUGAUUGUUAAUCGUUUAAAUAAUUCGCAUGAAAAAUGUUCGCUACUCGUGAAUUUCUAUGAGUAUUUGUGUUUCCUUUUCCUUUGUGUUUUCCCAUUGAUUUUAAACCAGAAAAUGGAUUAAACUUUAACUCUCUAGUUCAGUUAA